UCGAUUCACGUCUGUCGAUCCGUUCAAAUUUCAAUAUUAAUAUUCUUUGUCUUGAUGUGCUGCGUGUUUUAGUUGUUAUCAUCUUUCUCUGUUUGUGCACAUGCAUGAUUGUUAAUAGAUUCCUACUUUAUUUUUAAAAAUCAUUAUAAAUCGUUUAAAAUUCACCAUGGAUGGUGCCAACUCUAGCAAUAUUCGAUCCUUGACACCAUCGAAGACCACCAAUCAACGGGGAAUCGGUUGGAAUAAUCUCCUAGGAGAAAGGAAUCGUGCCAAUGAAAGCGACACCCUAGAGGACGACGAUCUGCUUUUGUUGGUGUACGACAACGAAAACGAGGACCAAGAAAAAGAAGAAGACGAAGGUUGCCAACAGGAUUUCCUACCCAAACAGGAGCUGGAUCCGAAAACUCCUCCAGGAAAUCGGAGCUCAUUCUACCGACUAGGGGAGGAAAAUAAGGAAAAUCGAAAAACUUUGCUGCGAGUGGCCUGUACCACGGGCAAGAAGCGAGGCUCGUUUCGAAGGCACUUCCGUGGACUGGGCAAGGGCGACGUAGAGUCCAGUCUCGUUCAGAUAACAGCUGAUUGCAGAAGAUUGAAACCCUGCAACGUUUUCACACCGCUCGGGAAGUUGAGAGCUCCUCAACUGAUAGAAUCCGGUACCGAUUCAGAUUGGCGUAGUGUCCUCAGUAAUUCGUUCGAGGUUAACCAGAGCUUCCCCCGGAUCGCAAACAAGCGUGAACGUCGCCGACGAGAUGAUACCGAGCGUCACCUGGACCAGCUGUUGAAGACACCGUUGCGCACCCACCGCGUGGGACUCUUUGGCACCGGAAGGAAAGGAGGGGCAGUAUCGGCAGCGACAGCACCGAAGAACGUGUCUGUUACCACAACAGGAGGAAAACACCAACGGUCUACGGUAGCCUACAUGGAUCGGGUUCGAGUGGACGGAGCCAAUGGUUUGCGCUUUUCGGCUUUGCGACCCAAAGGAGGUUGCCUGACGCAUGGAGUUAGCUCGCCAUAUAACAAUUCCUAUGUGGCUUCAACUUCGGAAUCGAUCGGCAGAUUGCCCAAGAGCGGUAUCAACCCGAACAAGGCAAUCUUCACGAUCGAUGCCAAAUCUUCGCAAAUACUGAUAGUGAAUCGGAAUGCAUGUGAUUUGCUUGGGUACAGCUCCAAGGAGCUAUGCGAGAUGCAGUUUGCCAGCCUAUUACCAAAUAAAAACAAAAUGCACGUCUCGGCACUAGCCGAAGGACAGUUGAACAGCGAAGAUGGAACGGUUAUUAUCUUGAGCGGUAAGGUGGUCGAAUUGUGUACCAAAUCGGGUGAAAACGUGGCCGUUUCAUUGUGGGUCCGACAAAUCGAUGACGAAUCACGAUGUCUAGCAGUCGCUGAGCCUGUCGAGAGGCGAGUCGCUCAACUUCUCGUUGACAAAGCUGGUUACGUUAUUUCUGGAGACUACGAGGCGUUAAUGUUAUUCCAGUUGGAUUCGAUUGACAAGUUCAAUGGAAUGGAUGUUUCACUUUUGAUUCCGGCAAUUCAGCUGCCGGACGCCGAUAAUAGUAUGAUUGCCAAGCACAUUCGGAAGCAGAAAGCUACGGGAAAGACAGCCGAAGGAGUUGCCUUUCCAGUUUGCCUCAUGAUAGCCCAUCACGACUCAGGCACCGAUACCACCGACAGUGGCCUCUCGAAUGCAAAUCAUCUGUUCGUGAUAACAAUUUGGGUGUUUACCAAUUUGUCCGGUUUGAUAGUGAUCGAUGAAAAUUCCGUUAUCGAGUCUUGCAACCAUCAUUUUUCAAUGCUGAUGUUUGGCUAUCCGCAAAGUAAAAUAAUCGGGGAGCAUAUUACUAAGAUUCUGCCAAACUUUGGACAGGAGUGUGACUAUCUGGGCUUUAUGAACCGCAGUCGGAAUGCUACCCUUUCUUCACUAGACAACGACGAGUCGGAAACUGAGACCGAUCACGUAGAUUUUGAGAAUAAGGAUGAGUUUAUAAAUAACGCCAUCAACAGCAUGAAAAAUGCCCCUGAUGCGAUGAGCAGUCCGAUGAAGGAAUCUAGGAAGAUAUGCCUGGAUUUCACAUCAACCUCAGUGAGCAAUAGUCGAACGGCCAACAAUACCGACACAAUGUCCAUUUCUCUGACGUCGGCUCCUGUUCCACCGGAAAGCUCUGCUUUCCCAGGGCCACCUGAAAAAGACCGUCGCUCCCCGAGAGCUCAUGACGCCAAAUCUACAAGUCCAGGUUUGUUGAGCUCCAUAAUUGUUAGUUCGGUACCGGAAAAUCUACUCUCUCUGGACGGUGUCAAUAGCGAAAACGACCGGAACUAUGCCAAUCUUACCAGUUCGGUAAGCUGUUCGGCCCUGAAAGCCACCGGAUCGGCUGCGGCUACCCUGCCGAAGGAAAAUUUGACCAAACCUACCCCACUGGAAGAUUGUUCAAUUUUGCCUGAUUGUGACUUGUUAACCCCUGUUAAUGAUACCUCAAAGUGCUUGAACAUGCUUGGUAAGAAUCUGUCAAUUGAAAGCAAUACCUCCUCGAAGGAACAACUGUACUCAACCGAAGAUAUCAAUACGGCGCUUUUGAAAGGCUCUCCGGGAAGAGAUUACUCGAUGGCGCCCCCAAUGAGUGCUCCACCAACUACAACAACCCCGCGAUACGUUAAACCUUAUGAACUGGCCAAAACGAUGGUAACUUCCACGCCGGAUCAGCACAAGCGACACUCGGCAGCUGGAGUGCCUCCCAAUGCAGUCAGCUCUGGACAUCGGCGAUCCUUCUAUUCCGAUGGCAAAUAUCGGGGAGAAGCAGUUCACUACGAUGGCAAUGUGAUAGAUAUCUUGUAUACCAUAUCCAACCAAACGCUACCUUGUGGAAGAAAGGUCUAUUGCAUAUGGAUCAGUCGUGAUCCGGACUCGUCGUACAACAAUCUGGAGGACGAAGAAAAACACCAAAACCUUACGUUGACCUUCAAUAGCGUUACGAGCACCGUGGACAAUUCACUUGGUCAAGCAAUAAAAAAUACGGCUACCGCACAACAUUCCGACCGUCCGAGUUCCGUCUCCCGGAUGUCCCAGUGCGACGAGGAUCUGACUCACGGUGAGUACAGCAAGUACUACACGCUGGUCAAACAUAUCGGCAAAGGAGCCUACGGGUAUGUUAAGCUGAGCUACCGCAAUUCGGACCGGCUAUUAGUGAUAUCAAAAUUUAUUCUUAAGGAAAAGUUGGUUCCGCAGUUUAUGAUUAACACUGAGGACAAUCGAGAGAUUCCCAUGGAGGUGUACCUGCUGAUGCAUGUGAAACAUCCGAAUAUCGUUAACAUGUUCGAUUGGUUCGAGAACGAUAAAUUCUUCCAAGUGGUAAUGGAAAUUCAUGGCUCCGGAAUGGAUCUGUUCGAGUUCAUCGAUCGAAGGCCGGUUAUGACGGAGAAGCUAGCAUGCCACAUAUUCCGGCAGAUUGCGAACGCAGUCGCGUUCCUCCACUCGCUGAAUAUUCUGCAUCGGGACAUAAAGGACGAAAAUGUGAUAAUCGAUCAUAAUUUCCAUAUUAAACUAAUCGAUUUCGGUUCUGCCACUUUCGUCCAGGAAGGUCAACUGUUUUCCACCUUCUACGGGACCACCGAGUAUUGUAGUCCGGAAGUCCUCGCUGGCAAUCGGUACUCUGGCCCAGAGUUAGAAAUGUGGGCCUUGGGAGUAACGCUUUAUGUCCUGAUGUUUUUUGAAAAUCCUUUUGUUGAUGUUGAAGAAAUUUUGCGAUCAGAAUUGAUCAUCCCCCACGAAAUAAGCGAAGAGUUGGAGUACGUUUUGCUGUCGCUGCUAGACAAAAACCCCAAAACGCGAGUGACCAUUAAGGAGCUGCUAGAAACGGAAUGGAUGACUCAGGAAAUCAAUCCGGCCCAGUUCAAUUUUGCCAAAAUCAUUCCAUGUGAACCGUUCGAAACCAAUCCGGAGAAGUAUUGGGCUGAUCCGAACAUUUGUUCCAGUCAAACGGGGCUGUCCACUUCGCCGCACAGUCUUUCGCUGGUGGAUGACGAUGUCGAUGGGGACGAUGACGAUGCACACAUGGAUGAUUCGUUUAUCGAUCCGGACGAGUUGGAUGAUGAUGUCUGUCAGCUGUCCCACGAUGAGGAACUGCCCCCGAAUCGAAGUGUUGAUUGCUCGGACCGCGACGUCAGAGUGCUGUCCACGGGUUUAACCAGCCUUUCGCUGAGAGAACCUGACGGUACCUGCAUCAGCCUAGUGGACGGCACCAGUGAUCGGCGAAGUCAGUCGGCUAUGAUGACCGUUGGCUCCACGGCCCAUCCCAGCGCCAGCAACAACUGCACAGGGCGUCGAAAACUGAUAAGCAACGGCGAUGAUACGACCCUAAAUGAAAGUUGCUGCUGCGAUGUGACGAAUCAAUCCACACGGGGUGGCGAGGAUGUUGAUGGUGUUGAGGAGGAUCCCAAUGAUUCCAGCGAAGGUGACAUCCUGCUGGUGGUGCUGGACGACGACGACGAUGAUAAUGAUCAUGAUUUGGUGGACGAUUUGAGCAGAGAUGCUACCAGUGAAGAGCUGGAAAGUUCGCAUAUGGCGUCGUCGACUCAACAAAAUGGCUCUAGCAAUUGCCGUCCCGUUCCGGUGUAUCGAUCCCCGAGCAAGAGUGAUCGCCAGAGGAGGCAUCGAAGGCGAGCCUGGGAAACUUCUUCCGGUGCUGGGGUAAGGCACCAUCAAUCGAUGCCGGCCGUUGUUUUGGAUGAAGAUUUGUUGUUGGUGGCGGAGCAAGAUGAUGUUACCUGUGAGGACAUCAACAGUACUACGGAUGGGUACGAAUACGCGAACGAAAGUUUUGAUGAGGAUGUGGAAGACGCAGAAACCUCGAAUUUGGAUUUGAGUUGAACUUGUUCAGGAUUGUCAUUGGGGUAAGUAAUUUUUAAGGUCUUUUACGAAAACCCAAGCGAAGCUUCGUUUGGGGCAAAUUAGUCUCUUUAUGAAAGAAUACGCCGCCAUGCAAACAUGACUAGUUUUUAUAGUCCUAGACACAAUAAUAAUUAAGAGGAAGAAUCGGUUCCAUUAUGGGGGCACUCCGGGUAGUAGAAGCAUUUGACAACUCAUAAGUUGUAUUAUCGUGUAGCAGAUUUUUAGACAGAUGCAACUACAAAUUAACAGAAGGCACACAUUCAGCACAUAAACGUUUUAGCAGCAUCCAAAAAAAAACAGAAUUCAGAGAUUAUAUUGCUAUAUCAUUGUUGAUCAGAUUAUUAAUUUUAACAAAUAUAAAAGCAAAACUAGAACAAAAGACUAGCAAAAAGAGUAGUAGGUAGUAGCGUAAAGCAAGAGCUAACUAGAGCAAAUAGACACUAAUUUAGGCUGGAUGUUGAUUAUUAAUUUUGGAUUCUUAUCAAGUCACAAAUUGUAAAUAAACCGAGACACAAAAAUGAGGCGGAGAUCCAAGGUCCUUCUGGCGUAUGUGUGCAAGGGGAAAUAUGUAGUUUCUCAUAGGCUUGGCGCUGCUGGUUCGGACGCAACAGAUGGAACUAGAAAAAACAGAUAUGAGGAAACAGAAUAAGCACACUUUUAUUGUAAAGAAAGGACAAAAAUGCCACAUGCGAACGAGGAAGAAAUAAGAAGGGGAGAAUCGAUAUUUCUAUUAAACCAUUAAAAUUCAUUCCAAGAUUAUAACAAGAUAGA